CCUGCAAGCUCGUCAGGCCAUUCUGCUGUAUUCUACUUGCUUUCAUCUGGCUCAUCGAUUUGACCUACAGCUGAUAUCAAGACACUUCGUAUACUCACCAACAUGGCUACUCCUCAAACCGCACUAGAAGCUCUCCGCGAGAGGACCAUUGUAGACUGCGAUACUAUGGAUGAGCAAGUCGCCAAAACCUAUGGCCCUUUCCAAGACUGCACUUCCAACCAGGCCAUCGCAUUCGGCGAGCUAUCCAAGCCAGAGAACGCCAAAGUGAUCACCGAAUCCGUCUCAGAAGCCAAAGAGCUGGUCACCAAGUUCCCCGAACUCAGCGUAGAGGAACUGGCCGUCGAGAUCGCAAUGAUCAAACUGGCUCUGAAGAUCGCGCCCCAUAUCCGUGGUUACAUCCACAUCCAGACCAACCCAUACUACUCCUACUCCACCGAGAAGACCCUCGUCAACGCCCUGAGAAUAAUCCAACUCGCGCAACACCUCCAACCAGGCUUCCCACAGUCGCGCAUCUGCAUCAAGAUCCCCAGCACCUGGGAAGGGCUACUAGCCUGUCGCGCGCUCGAACAAGCAGGCGUGCGCACCCUAGCCACGACCCUUUUCACCCUAACGCAAGCGGCGCUGGCCGCCGAAGUCAACUGCACAUACAUAGCCCCCUACGUGAACCAACUGAAAGUCCACUUCGAGCCGGGAUUCACCGACCCAAACAAACUCCUCCCCCUCUGUCCCCUCAUCCAAAAAUACUACCAGCGAAUCGGCAGCCGCACGCAAGUCCUGCCGGCAAGCCUGACCUCCACGACCGAGAUCCUCGCUCUAGCCGGCGUGCACCACAUCACCAUCGCGCCAGGCCUACUGCAGGAGCUCGCGCACCAGCCCGGCACCAUGACGGACGGGAGCGUGCCGGCCUCGUUGUUCGAUAGUCGGGACCCGGACCCCGUCGCCGCGGGACUCCCCGAACGGGCCUUGUCGUUCGUGAAUGAUGAGGCGGGGUAUCGGCUUGCUUUUACCAGGGAUGCGCGGGGGGAAAGUGAGGGGAAGUUGACGCAGGCUGUGAAUAUCUUUUGUGAUAUGCAGGAUCAGUUGGUGCAGCUCAUGGGGUCGGUUUCUGCUUGAAUGACGGAAAGAUAUAGGCAGGUAGGUUAGUGGGGG